UGCACCAUGUGGUCAGGAAAUAGACACUUAGAUGAAGUUCUUGUGACUGUCUUUUUAGUAGUGCUGGAGAUGGAUUACCUUGCCUUCUUCAUUGUUGCUGCUCUGCAAUCAUAUCAAAGUAAGAUAAGUUUCUUAAGUAGCAUGCUGGGGGUAAUCUCUGGAUACUUUGCCUACAGAUCGUAAGCGUGUUUUGUAGUAAGUUCCAUAGAAAUAAUUUCACCCUUUGGAGAUCCUUGUUUAGCCUGAGCUUGGUCAACUUGUACUUGGUGUGGAUGGUGGAGGGGGGCUGUUGGUUCUGGAAGCGUUUAGCUUGAUCAUUAGAUGCUUCAGGUGUUACUGUGGUUCAGAGUUUAAUGAAGAUAACAGCAUUUCCCCCCUCUUCUCUUUCUGUCUUGUUUCUGUCACAGUUGAAGGAGAACAUGUGGAUUCUACUGUGAAACUUGCCAGUGCCAUGACUCUUGAAUGUGUCUUUCCAAAGGCUGCAAAUAUAGUCCAGAUGUUUUGGCGGAAGGAGGAGGGCAAAGAGAACAUUGCAAUCUUCAAACUGCCUGACCAAUUGUAUAUUUCCAGCAAAUAUAAGGACAGAGUCAGUGUUACUAACGAUACCUCGAACAUCAAGUCCUUGGUGUUCAAUAGCACAACUUGGGAAGAUACUGGCUUUUAUCUAUGCUCUUUUCAUACCUUCCCGCUUGGGAUUUGGAAAAAGAGAAUACAGGUUGUCCAAUCAGGUAAGGUAAAAGUUUUAAGUACUGCCUUAUACAUUAAUGUAAAUUACAGUAUACAUUAUAAAUUCAAUUUAUUAGCCUCUUAUGAUAUAAUAAUAAAUAAUAAAAUCAAUGGUAAGUGCAAAUCCUACAUAUUUGUCAGCAAGAAAACAUCAGCUGCUAUGAUUAAAAAUAAAGUAGAUAUUUUCAGGGAUACAGCUGCAAUGUGAGCAGAGGCGGAUUGAGGGGAGUGUUACCGGUUUGGCUGCACUGGGUGCGGAGCCUCAGGGGGAUGCCACAAUGAUGGGGUGGAAUGGAACGCAAGAGGCGGGGGUGGGGCAUGAAUAUUGCCAUUGCACAGGGAGUCGCUGAAAUUGGAGUUGCCAAAGUCCUCCAUUAAUGUAAGUCCUGCAACUCUUGCUCUUGUGACACUGCCCCCUCCCCACUGCUCCGGAUACUGGACCAAAGUGGCUCAGAUGCAACCUCCAUGUGGCAAAAGGACAAGUAACCAUUAAUGGAAGCAAUAUAAAGUGUUUGACCACCUAAAAGAGAAUGAAUGCAUACCUCAUAACUAAUUUUGUUAAAAUAUCAGUAUCUCCUCUAUUCUCCAAAUCUUACUCCACCCCAUGGAAUUCUGAAUUCAUGUAUGCAGAAUUAGAAAUGUUUUUGAAACCCUGUGGUGGGAGGGAACAGCUAGAAAAGAGAUUUGGCAAUGAGAAUUGUCAAAUGGCAAAAAGAGUUGAGGAAACUCCUUUUCUAUCAUCUAAAUUCCCUCAUUCUGACUUUUCUAAAUAAAAAACAACUAUUGGUCUCCCAUAUCCCCUUUAAAAAUGAACAUUUAAAUGACUGUGUUUGGCUUACAAUGAGAGGAGUAGGUCAAUCACCCACAAGCACCUUUGCUCUUUCAAGACAGACGUGUGACUUUUCUCAAUUUUGCUAGUUAGAGAUUCAAGAAAAUCGAGUACAUAUAGGUGUUUUGUGGGAAACUCUGACUAAAUCUGUGACUUUUAGUGUACUAAUUAUCUUCCUCCCAAAGCUAUUUUAGCUAAAGAAAAAAAAUUGCACUAAGGGAAUUGCUGCUUUUGUUGUGUGGCUGUCAGCGGUGAAUUACACUAGCUAUCCAAUUAUUCCACCUGCUGCUAGGAGUGUUUAAUUGUGGAUGCCGCUGUGCGUAUGUUACUAACUUGAAGCUAGCAGUCCUUGUUAAAUGAACCUUUUAUUCAGUGAUUUCCUGUCUAGCUUGAAAGUUUUGUUGCCUCUCAUUCUGGACUUUGAAUAAGUGAACUUGGACACUGAGUCCCCAGUUCAGAUUGUUAAUAAGUCCCAGUGAAAAGUUUUCAAAGUGAAGGUUCAUAUUGUGUCUGCAUGUAGAAUAAAAAGCAAUUAGAUGUCCAGUUUGUGAAAUUCAGUGGGAAUUUGACACUUGCCUCCCAUAGCUGAUGUCUUCUGAUUGGCAGGCGCAAUACCUGUCAUGUUGAGUUUAAUGAGUUCUAUAUUCUCUCUCUUUUCAACUGUAGCCAGAGUAACACAAGAAAGGCCUGCAGAAAUGUCAUGGCAGUUUUCAUCCUCCACAGAGCACAUCACACUCCUUUGCAACCAGAGAUAUUCACGUUGUGUAUGAGUGUGCUGAGUUCUUGGUGUUCCAGAAGGUAGCACACAGUAGGUGAAUAUGAGUCAGUUACAGAGCCUAUGGUUUUCACACAAUGCCAUAGCUUGCGCCUCUGGUUGGGAGAUGAUUGAAAAGACUCUUCAGUGAUAGCACAAGGGUACCAUAGAAACACAAGUUUGGAGUGACACAAUACCAGAAACAUGAGGUUUUCUCACCCUUUAUUCUUUUUAAGGGUUGUUAUAUAACUAAAAUGGUUGCCUGCAUCAAAGAAGGCAGUAACUGGCCAUUAAUGAAUCAAUGAAUCAAUGAUUAUUACUAAUAAUUGUUAGUUUCUACAUCAGGCAUAGGCAAACUCGACCCUCCAGAUGUUUUGGGACUACAACUCCCAUCAUCCCUGACCACUGGUUGUGUUAGCUAUGGAUGAUGGGAAUUGUAGUCCCAAAACAUCUGAAGGGCCGAGUUUGCCUAUGCCUGUUCUACAUUAACAAGCUGUGCUGUAUAAGCCAGGUUUAAACACACACACACCUGAGGGAAUGGGAGUGGAUGGAAAAGGUAGAAUAGAGAAACUAAAAUUAAAUUUCCUAGACGUCCUCAGUCCUGUAGCCAAGUUGUUAUAGGAAAAAGUUGUAAUUCUUCCUUUGCUCUGUAGCGUCAAAGCUUGAGCCUUAAACCCUUGUGAUUGUAAGUGAUUGUGACUUGCUCAAGGCUGACUGUGAUUUGUUUUGUCCUCUUCCCUCCCUGUCCCUUUUUUUAUUUUGUGCUGUGUUUUCUAGAUUGCAGAUCUGCAGACAGGGACUACCUUGUUUAGAAUGACUGCAUUUUUGUGAGGUUUGGCUUUUUUGGAGGGGUGUGUGUGUGUAGGCUGUAUGCCUGAGCCCCUUCUAAUUCCUGGAUUCAGCAAUGGUUAAAAUCUAAUGGAAAGUUCAAUUGUUGGGAUAGCCAGACAAGUUUGUUGACACAUUGUUGUUGUUUAGUCGUUUAGUCGUGUCCGACUCUUCGUGACCCCAUGGACCACAGCACGCCAGGCACUCCUGUCUUCCACUGCCUCCCGCAGUUUGGUCAGACUCAUGCUGGUAGCUUCGAGAACGCUGCCCAACCAUCUCGUCCUCUGUCGUCCCCUUCUCCUUGUGCCCUCAAUAUUUCCCAACAUCAGGGUCUUUUCCAGGGGGUCUUCUCUUCUCAUGAGGUGGCCAAAGUAUUGGAGCCUCAGCUUCAGGAUCUGUCCUUCCAGUGAGCACUCAGGGCUGAUUUCCUUCAGAAUGGAGAGGUUUGAUCUUCUUGCAGUCCAUGGGACUCCCAUUGACACGUUAAUGGCCCCCUAAUUAUGGGUUGUUAGGGUGACAGAGGAAGUGGCUUUGUGCCAAGGGGCAAAUGGGUAGCACCCCUCCCUCACCUGUUGGUGAGAAGGACAAGGGCCAGAGACAUGCAUGUGUGAACUGAGCUAGACACAAGAGACAGGCAGAAGCCUGAUAGGGAGAGAUAUGCUUGAUUUCUGCUUGAAUCCAAGGCUGUGGCUUUGGGAGAGACAAGAGUUUCUUGGGGUGUUGAUGCUGUAAGCUCCUCCAUCAUAAGCUUGGGUUUUAUACAUGUGCAAAUAAGCCAUAUAUCACAAAGACACCACACUCGCCAAUGUCCCUCAUUACAAGGAAACCAAACCCUAGGUAAACCCCUGGGAUCUCACACGCUCAGAGAUUAGAACGUCAUGUACCAGUAUGUAGGCAGGUCUGGGAGCCUUUUUGGCCAAGGAGUGUGGGAAACAAAUGAUCUAAAUAAACAAAAAUAAAUAAGGCUGGCACUAGCUGAACAGAGUUAUGAAACUUGGUUUCUCUCAUCUAACAUAAAAGCACUGCAUCAUGCUAAAUACAUCCUAUGUGCUUUAUACAUUAUGACAGAUUCAAUACUGUUGGAAAAUGAAGCCCAAUAAGCCAUCACGUAAAAUAUGGCAAUAUGAAAAUGGAUUGUAAGUACCAAUGACAGCCAAAUCUCUAUUACCAUGUGGAAAAUCAAAGGGGGGGGGGCACAUACAGUAUCCAGAAAAUUUCUACUUUUUUUCCUUCAUUUUAUGAAGUUAUAGCUUUAUGUGCAGUAUGUCAGCAUUUCAAGUCGCUAUAAUUGCUACAUUUUAAAAGGCAUUUAAAAAAAGAUCGAAAAAUGAGGUAGUUAUACGACAGGAGAGAAAAUGGAGAGCCGAUCUGUUGCUUACGAAGCCGUAAAUCUGAAACUAGGGGAACCUGUGAUAGGUAGCCAUUAAAAUGACACACAUUCUUUCAGAUGAGUGAGGAACAAGUGGCAUGGAAAUGCUUGCUAUUGUAAUGAUCUGCUCAUGAAGAAACUAAACCGGAGCUGUAGCAGAACAAUGAAGAAGAAGAACAAAAGCACGUCACCUUUGUAAUAGCUCUGUUACUGCAUUUAUCUUUAAUAGCUGCAAAAGAUCUCCCUAGCAGGAUUCUUGCAUGGAACAGGGUGGGCGGGGUGGGGGAGUGGGGUGCAGUGGGGAGAGGAAUGAAUGCUCUUGGAGGUGCAAGAAGAUUCUUCCCCCACCUCAGUCAUUCCUAGCAGCUCCUUGCUUCUUAGAACAUCUCUCUGUUAGGCUUCCUGGUGUUCUCUUGUUUCCUGUAUUGCUAAAAGCAGGAACAUCAGAAUGUAAUCUCCUUCCUGCAGCUGCACUGUUAGCCUUACAUGCACAAACACACACACACACACACACAUAUACACACACCAAAGAGAGGGAGAGGGGGGCGGUAAUGUCAGUAGCUAAAAGACAACACACAGAAGGAAGACAGUGUUGAGGACAGGGUUUAUGGAUGCACGAUUCUGUGAGAUCAUUCAGGAUGAUGGGCUGCGAUUUCCAGCGAUCUUAGUUCUGUGGGACAGGGAGUCCAGCUGUUGCAUUCUGAACUUCUGACUUUGGGCUUCAGGACUGCACGGUCUAGCAACAUACUAAAAUCUACUAGGUGGAUUAUGCUAUUAAGGACUUGAGCUAUUUGACAUGAUUUAAGGAUUGCAAAUUCUAUUUUUAUGAUGUUAUCUGCUGACGACCUGUUCUUAACCUCAGAACUGUGAAGCAUGACUGCAUUGCAUUUUCUGGAAAAUAAUGUAUACCCAUUAUUCAGGAAUUCUCCCGGUAUUUAGAUUCCAACCAAAAUGUUGAAAACAACAGCAGGCUUGGAUAUAUUCAGCACAGAAAUGAAAGAAAGGCACUAUGACUGAUACUGCAUGUAAAAAAAAAAUGAAGCAAACUUGAGAAAUCUGAAAUUCAAUGUUAAAGGUCUCGAUUGUUAACAGUUCAUCUGGAGCAUCUAAUUAGACUUCCAUCUUUUAUAGCCAUUAGCACCUAAGCCAGGGAGGUGUGUGGCAGCAUGUAUGAAGAACUGUCUUCCCAGAAAGAGGCUGUUCAUACCCUCUUAACACAGAUAGAAAUGAUCCACAGUAAAGGAAGGGCUAGAUAAACAUGAAUUUCAAAAGGGGGUGGGCAGUCUUCUAGUAAUCUCUGACUGUAACCAGCAGGGGAGAGUCAGACCAUCUUUCUUGGCUGAGGUGAGGAAAAUAAGAGAUUUAUAAUGAAAUCCAAUGCACAUCUACCCUCAAAAGUGAACUCUACAGACUUCAGUGGGACUUUCUUCCCAAGUAAGCAUGCUGCCCAAUCAAUGAAUUGUUUUGCUGAAACAAAAUGAGAGGGUGGUGGUGGUUGUUAAAUCUAUUUUGUUUUUUUUUUUACACAGUGUUUCUUUUCCCCUCAACUUCUUUUUUUAAGCAGGGGAUUUUGAGCCUCGAAACUUGUCAUAUCGUCAUAUGAUUGCUGAACCAGGAGCAAAUGUCAACUUUACCUAUGGGCCUGACCCCGAAACAACACUUUAUCAAGUGAAAUGGAAAAGGAUCUAUACAGACCAUGUGGACCUCAUAGUCCAAUGUGAUACAUCUGGUAUAGCAGUCUAUGGUUCAGAUUACGAAGACCGUGUAGUGAUAGACUGUGCCGCCCGGGUGGAUAGCACAAUUGUACUUCGGAAUGUCACAGCUUCUGACUCUGGGAUGUACAGCUGUUUUUACAUUGGGACGAAUGGUGCAAAUGCCACAGUCUGGACAAAACUGACCAUUGAUGGCAACAGUAAGUAAAGGGAAUUUACAAAAUCCUGCAGUUGUUUGUAGGCAUUUGUAUUAAUUUAAACACAUGUAAAAUUAGAGGCUGAAUAGUUGUUUUGAAAAGCAUUUGCAAGGCAAAGGGAGAGAGAGAAACAGUGAAAGAGAAUGGACCUUAGUUGGGCUUGGCUUGGCUGGAUAAAAAGUAGCAAGAAAAGAAAAGGAUGGAUAGGUGUUAAAGAGGAAAGAUUGAAGGUGGGAAAUGAUAGACACAACCCGCCCCUCUAUAACCACCCCCCAGCAAUGGUGGUGAAGGAGGGAAACAGCCAGCAGUCCAGAUAAAAUGAAGUGAUGGAGGGAAUCAAUUUCCUUCCCCAAGAUCUCCUUCUAUAAGAGGGUGUUAGCGGAUCCAGAAGCACUUAUAUAGCAAUCUUCCUAUAAAGAAAAUCAUCAUAAUCUACUCCCAUCCCAUCCAACAUACUGUUUUCAACAGUGGUUAGAGUUCCAGAUCUCAAGGAGAACUUCCAAGCUUCUUUAACUGAGAAUGCUUAGAAAUCCCCUUCUGGCCUUUCUGCUCAGCUCUGGAAGAUUGGUGUGGAUCUCAGGUUCCCAUUCAAUGUCCAGGAACAACACCUGAACAGGGUGUUAUCUGCAGACUUGGCUAUUUCGCUGCUCCAGGUAGUUUAUUCCAGAUGAAUAGACAGGUUAGUCUGCUGUGAUUAAAUCAAUAAAGAAAGUUGUCUUAACCCGCAAUACAUUUGUCACAAUAAUUUAGGGUGAAAUUCCAGCUCCGCACACGAGGCAGGUAACAAUUCUUGGGUAGCCCUGGAUUUCAACAUAUUGCUUACCAACCCCUAUUUGACUUACAGGGACAUGCAGCUAUUUUUUCCCACCAGUGUUGUUGCUGCCAUACCUUGAAUUUGUUCAGGAAAAUGAUUGAUUUCAAACACCUGCUCUUCAACGUGGCCAUUGUGAUAUGUUUGCAUCCUCCAUCUGGUUUGUGUCACGUGAAGCUGUGUGCUCUCCAGAGGCUGCCUGGCUUUCUGGUGCAAAACUGGAUGCUCAGGCUUCAGUGACAUUGGAAAGAUGUUUGCAAGCUCAUCACAUGGCAUAUUUUAAUUGAGAAACAAGCAAGUGGAAGGAAACCAUAUGAGAGGUGCAACAUCUGCUUAGGUGCAAAGUUCUUUUGCCCCAUUUGAAAGUGUCUUCAUAGUUUCUCACUGUCAGAGACCUCUUCCUGUACAGUGUGUGCGUGCUUAGCAAAUGUUGUAAAACCCUUUGUGGCAAGGCGCAUGACAAGCGGUUCAAACCACUUGUUAGGUUUUAGUGCGUUGUAAACUGUCGAGCCUGUCAGUGUUUCUCCCAUAUACCUGAAGUCAGGGCAGUGAAGGUUGAAAGCACUCACCCACAAAAAUUUUGGACUCCCGUGAAGAAAAAGUGUCAAUAUAAAAUCACUUGCAUUUUUUGCCAGUGCUUUAGGGAAAUGAACAGACUCCAACACACACUUAAUAGUGUCCUAUCAACCUACUCCCCUCCAAAGAUAGGGCAGAUCUAGAAGACAAGUGAUGUGUCUCUGACUUGUAUACCUUGUUCUUAAGAAAUUAUGGGUAUUUAUGCUAGACAUGAAAUAUUGAAGAAGCGCAGAACAGCAUAAACUGCUCCAAAGAAGCUAAGAGCUUCCAGGUUCUGGUAUUUUUCUAAAAGCUAAAUCUGUUGAUAUUCUUUUACUGAGAUGCAUAGAUCCUGAAUGAGUAUGGUACAAAGGCAGUCCGUAGAAGUAUGCAGUCAGAUGUCUUCAGCUAUGUGAACAAAGUCAACCGGAAUUGAACCCUUUUCAGACCACUGCAAUCCCACAAAUUGUACUGUUGUUUGGCAGGCACUGGUUCAUCAUGAGCACCUAUUUUUGAGCACUUCAUGGCUACAAGUUUGGCAGUCAGUGCUCACUCUGAACAAAACAGCAACUAAUGUGAGCCUGAUUUUCUAAAAAUUUUAGAAACAGGUAUUCUUACUGAAGCAAGUCCUACAUCUGACGAGAUAACACAAUGAGUCAGGCUGAAGCUCUUGAAGAUGAAACAUCGGAUUAUUGAUCUCUUCACUGUUUAGAGCUUGUUAUGCUUCAGUUAAAUUCCAGCAGGGUUUCCAGAUUUCAGAAUAUCAGAUUAGAUUUUCCUCAUGCAGCCAGAAUUGGAAACCCUGAAGAAAUGAGCACAUGCACGCAUGGGCUUGCGUGUGUGUGCGCACACACACUUGUAUAUUUAUUUUGCUCUUCAUGAUCACAAACUGACUAGAAUUUCAUUUGACUGUAUAUCACUCAGCAAAUUGUCUUGUUUCUCUCCCUCUUGAGCAAUAGUAAUAACAUUUACCAUUUACCUUCCUAGUUUCUUUGGAGAGUCAUUCUGAUCAGCGUAUCUUUGUUAUUGCUGGAGCUGCUGCUGUCUUAUCAUUAAUAAUGAUCCUCAUCAUUACUGCGCUUAUUUGUCAUCAUAAAAAGUAAGCAAAUUGUUCUGUACUCUAUCUAAUAUUUGUUCACUGACCUGAUACCUACUUAAAACCUAAUCCAUAUAUAUGCCCAGCUAAAAUUAAUGGUGAUCUUCAAAUUAGCAGUGAUGAAUGUGCAAACAAAUGGAUUGAAAAAUUCAUUUUACUUUUUUAUUAUAUAUUUAUAUACCACUUAUUUACCACUUAUACCACUUUAUAUACCACCUUUUUUGUCUGAUGAGCUAAGUGUACAUGGUUCCCUCCUCAUUUUAUCCACAUAACAACUCUGUGAGGUAGGUUAGGCCAGUGUUUCCCAACCUUUUUCUUGCCAUGGCCCCCUUCUGACCUUUUUUCCUUCCUGUGGCCCCCCAUGGACAUAGCCGGGGGGGGGAGCAGCUGCCUCCUAUAAGUAAAAAUCCACACAAAUCAAUACAAAUAUGAGGUUCUGUCCCCCUCAACAAAAGUCUGCCCCCUAACAAAAAUCCUGACUACCUCCAUGCCCCCCCCCCCAUCGUCCUGCUGGUAGAAAAGGAACUCUUUAAAUGUUUCGUUUAUAAAUAGAACAUGUUUUAUUGCUUUUUUAUAAUUUAUACAAAAUACAAUCACAUAAAAUGAUAGGAACUUAAUGAAAUAUUGUUGAAGCAGAAAAAACAGAGACUAAUAGAGCUGGAAGGGACCCCAAGGGUUAUCUUUCUAGUGCAACCUCCUGCAAUGCAGGAAACUCAGCUAAAGCAUCUGUGACAAUUGGCCAUCCAACCUCUGCUCAGAAACCUCCAAGGAAGAAGAGUCCAGAACCUCCCAAGGGAGAUUCAUCUUCCAUGUACAGUGGUACCUUGGGUUACAGACGCUUCAGGUUACAGACUCCGCUAACCCAGAAAUAGUACCUCAGGUUAAGAACUUUGCUUCAGGAUGAGAACAGAAAUUGCGCGGUGGCAGCGGGAGGCCCCAUUAGCUAAAGUGGUAACUCAGGUUAGGAACAGUUUCAGAUUAAGAACAGACCUCCAGAAUGAAUUAAGUUCCUAACCCGAGGUACUACUGUAUUAUAAAAAGUAAACAACACUUAUUUGAUCCCAGUUAUUUGACACAGAGGGGGAAACCUACAGAUACUGUCCAAAAGGUGCACAGGGAGUGGUGUAUUUAUGGGAGAAUUUUAAGAAGCAAUUGGUCCUCACUGACCUGGGCAAAAAGAUCUUGUCAUCCGGAGGAGCCCUGGCUGCCUAGAUGAAACACUAUAGCCCCCCACACCCUUGUCUAGGAGUAAGGCCCACUGAAGUCAGUGAGUAGUCACUUAGCUAUUUACAAGAUGCAAGUCAGCAGCACCAGACGACUGCUCAGCUGGAUGCUGGGGUGGAUUUCACUCUGCACCUUGCAGAGCUAAGCCAACGGUGCCAACAGGCUCUUUGCCCCUCGGCAGCAUCCAAAGGCCCUGAUCUGCUAGGCGCUGGGGUGGAUUGCACCCCGCACCUUGCAGAGUCAGGCCCAGGCUGCCACCGGGCCCAGCACUGCUGGCAACAACAAGCAGCUCCGGCUCUCCCAGCCCUACCCGUUGCCACCCCACCCCCACACUUACCUGACCUAGGGGUCCUGGAUCAAAGGCUCUACUGGUCAAAACAAGAGCCUCCGUGAUUGCCCUUUUCCACUGGAAACAAACAAGAACGGCUCCAAGAAAAUGCAUGUGGCAAAAAGGAGCAUUAGGUUCUGGUGGGCCACCCCCUUACCUCUUGUGAUUGGCCAAGUGGAUAAUGAGCCAAUCAGGAUUUUUAAAUUUUUAAAAAAUGAUUUCCCCCUUCACUUCUCACUUCCCUCUAUGGCCCCCUAGCCUUGUGCUGUGCUCCCCCAUUUCUGUGAUUUUCAUCUGUGCCCCCCCUGGAAUAUCCUGCCCCCCGGGAGCCAUAUGGCCCCUGGUUGAGAAACUGCGUUAGGCCAAGAGACAGUGACUGGCCCUAGGUCAUUCAGAGAGCUCCGUGGCUAAGGGGGGAUUUGAACCCUGGUCUCUAGGACUUGGGCUGACCCUUAACCACUUCGCCACACACAGUGGUACCUCGGGUUACAUACGCUUCAAGUUACCUUGGGUUACAUACGCUUAAAGUUCAGGUUACAGACUCUGCUAACCCAGAAAUAGUACCUCGGGUUAAGAACUUUGCUUUAGGAUGAGAACAGAAAUUGUGCUCCGGUGGCGCAGCGGCAGCAGGAGGCCCCAUUAGCUAAAGUGGUGCUUCAGGUUAAGAACAGUUUCAGGUUAAGAACGGACCUCCUGAACGAAUGAAGUACUUAACCCGAGGUACCACUGUAUAUGUGUGAAUGCUCCUUUCUCAUUAAUUGUCUGAUAACCGGCAUGGAAGCAUUUAGAAAGAGGGAGGUCUUAUCCUUCUGAUUCCUGUGGAGGAAAAGUGCUUUCCCACUCCUUGAUACGAGGCAGUUGCAAAUGUAGAAGUGUGACUCAAGCUGGGCUGCAGCUAGUUCCUAGCAGACAUACAGAACAUGACUGAACACUUUGAUCAUCUCAUAGGUGAGUGAAUGAAUAGUUGGUCAGGCAUUUAAACGCAAAUUUUUCUCAGGGUUUCUACCUUCCAGAAACCACCUUAAUAUUUUGCACAGAACCUCAAAAUUCCUAUGUCCUGGUUGUGGGUCAAGUCUAACAACAGCGGUUUUUUUAUGUGCCAGCAGAAAGAAGAAGAAGAAAAGGAUGAUGAUGAUGAAAGCCUUUCGUCUUGCUCACACACAAGCAAAUGUAGGUGAAGCCUCCUUUCUUACAGAAUAUCCUUUUGAGGAGCAUCUUCACCAUAUGCAAUAAGUCUGAUGGCUGUGCCUCUCAAGCUUUUUGAGUGAAGCAACUUGCCUAUUAAAAGCAUGGAUCACUUUUUGGGGAGGGGAAACAGUAUUUGUGAACAGUUACAACAUUUAGGAUACUUUUGUAUAUCAUAAAAACAAACUAUGGGUUUUGGGCCAGUUGAUUUGCUACGUCGUAGGAUCACCACUCUGAAAGAGGUAUUGUUAUUUUAAAAGCAGGGUUCUGAACUUUUAAAGAUUUUUAUGCUCUGCAGACUAACCAGAGAUUUGUUAUAACACUUAGCUCAGUUGGUAGAGCAUGAGACUCUUGAUCUCAGGGUUGUGGGUUCAAGACCCAUGUGGGUGAAAGAUUCCUGCACUACAGGAGGUUGGAUUAGGUGAUCCUCAUGGUCCCUUCCAACUCAACAACUCUGUGAUUCUGUUUUAAAAUAUGCUCACAAAUCAGGUAUUGCUCCUACCUAACCAUAGAAGAGCAUGGUGAUAAGCCACAGGUUGUGGUUAAAAAGAAAAUGCCAUAUGACUUGUUGGUCCUCCCACCUCCAAAGCAGGCUGAGCUCAUCCUGAUUCAUUCUUAGAAUGUGCUUAAACAUGUGGCCUUCGAUGCUUGGCUAAUGUGUAUCCACACGACUCUAUUAGUCUGUGGGUUUUGCGUUUUUUAUUCAUCCUUUUCAUUUCCAACAGAGGGAAAGGGGGAUCAGUCAGUUACAACAGAGAACUCUUUUCCAUUCUAGAGGCACUAUUAAGCACGGCUGAUCUGUGUGCUGAUACAGCACUGUUUCUUUCUAAUGGCUGGUGGUGUAGGACAGAGGGCAUAUGAAGAGUGUAUUAGGUAUGGUCUGUGGAAGUAUUGUUUAGGAGAUGGUAUCCAACAGCUUCAGGGCCAAGUUGCCAAAGUUUCAAUAGGAAUUGCUUAUCAUGUUACAUUUCAAAGGCAUGGGCUGAUAUAUGAUUUCUCAAACAUGUGCAAACAGCUUGCAUGGAUGAAUGCAUAAGCUGCAUCUUAAGUGUUUUAUACAUUACCACUAACCAUGUUAAGGGUAAGCCAAAACCAUUUACAGUACCUAGCUUUGUGUUAUUUUUUGGGGUCACAAAUAGUUCCCAUUGUUAGCAGUUAUUUGACGUACAACAUCUUCUUUGUUUUAUUCUGAUGCUGGCCUGGUACACUUUGUUCUCUUGCCAGCAAAGGCAAAUGAGACUGCAAAGAGUGAAGGCAAAUGGGGUGCAGCAGCCAAGAGAACAAGACAUUGACAAGAAGCAUCAAAACAAGGUGAUCCUUUGGUGAGAUGGCCAUUUUUCCAGUAAUUUGUUCAACUAUGUUAAUUAUAAAGAAAAGAAAAAGGGAGAGCAUUUGAUGCAGCCCUAAUAGGAGGAAUAAGGCGCUGAGUUCUGUGAAUGGUUUUGUGAAUUUUUUCAGCUGUUCUUGGCAAAAGAAACCUAUUUGGCCUCUGUUCUCUGCUUUUUUUAUACACCGUAAACUGGAUGGUGCAUGGAGGUUUCUGGCUUGGGGUAGGAGGUAGGACUGGGCCAUGGGGUGCUAUGCCUCAAACACCCUUCCCAACAAGACUUGAAAAGUUGUUUCCAGAAUACUCAGUCAGACACAACGUGUAUGGGCAUUGCAAUCAGCGUCCAAAGCCACUACAUGCCUCAAAUUUGCCUCUGUCGUAAGCAUCUCUGAUAGGGUGGUAGUCCUCAGUGUUCCUCACUGCUCUCUACUUUUUUCCUCUCUAGCCUUCAAACAAAUAUGGAAGACCUGGUUGUCAAAGUGCAGUAAAUACUAGCAGAGGACAAAUGACAGAAGAUCCAGUCUAUGCCAACUGCACAAAUUGCUCACACAGACAUAUGUGAACAUGACCUCUUGUCUACUAUGUGAAUGACCUAUAGCCAAGGUUCCAACAAUUUUUACAUUGGGAAUGUGACUGGAGAGAGAGAAAACCCAUUCCACUACCAUUUCACUCAUCCAUGACUGAAGAAGUCCCACACACAUACAAUUGAAUUGUGUGAAGACUGUAGGUAUAUACAAAGAGAUAAUUUACAUAGGGGUCAAGAGAUUAAUAGUUGAGCAAGGAAGACAAAUAGGCUGUGAUGCGACUUGGAAUGUCAGCAGAGCUGCUUUGUGCUAAUACAAAUUUGAAUAUAAGUGGACUAUUGAAAUAAGAGACUGAAAAUAGGCUUUAAGUUGUCUUGCAGCCAAGCACUGAGUAGGUCAGAUGCCACUUUCCAUAACAAAGCUGCUCCUGGCUCCUGGUGAGGUAUGUUUCCUCUGGACACAAUUCAAUAUGGACACAAACACACACCCAUCCUUCUGCCCAGAACAGGCAGCCUGAGCAGAAGUUCCUGCCCAUUGCUGUAAUAUGAUUACUCAAGCUUGCAGAGAAUAGAAAGCAAAUGAACAGAUGCCAAGUCUUUCCUUUUCUACUGUACCAGUGAAAACAAAAACACAUGGACUCUUCCUGUCAACCUCUAGAAAACAAUUAAAAUAAAUUAUUGUAAGGUUGAGCUAUAGAAUCAUAGAGUUGGAAGAGACCCCAAGGGUCAUCUAGUUCAACCCUCUGCAAUGCAACUAAAGCAUCCAUACAGGUGGCCAUCCAACCUCUGCUUAAAAACCUCUGGGGAAGAAGAGUCCAUAACCUCCCGACGGAGACCGUUCCAUUGUCGAACAGCUCUUACUGUCAGAAAGUUCUUCCUGAUGUUUAGUCAGAAUUUCUUUUCUUGGAUCUUGCAGCCAUUGGUUCGAGUCCUAUGCUCCAGAGUAGGAGAAACAGGCUUGUUCCAUGUGACAGCCCUUGAGAUAUUUGAAGAUGGCCAUCAUAUCUCCUCUCAGUCUCUUCUUUUCCAGGUUAAAUAUACUCAACUCCUUCAACUGUUCCUCAUAAGCCUUGGUUUCUAGACAUUUGAUCAUCUUGGUCACCCUCCUCUGCACAUGCUCCAGUUUGUCAAUAUGAAAACUAGAAAUGAAAACUCUAAUUGAGAGCAAGAACUGUUCAUGAAUAAGCAUGGGGAGGAAUGAAAAGAAAGCACUGCUCAAAACACACUUCCUUCAGGCAUCCAGAAUGCCUAAGGCAGGGAAGAGGAACCUGUUGUUCUCCAUAUGUUGUUGGACUGUACCCAAUUAUUGCCAUUUUCUUCAGUCACCUCUCUGCAUUCUGAAAUUUCAGCAACACUGCCCGUAUGCUUUCAAAUGUUAUCUUCAAAGCCAAAAGAAAUAGCAACAUUAAGAAAAAGGAAAGCUGUAGGAAUCCAAAUGUUGUGUCCAGGAUUACAAUGUUUCAUCUCUUUCAGAAAGGUAAAAUCAGAUGCUGUUGAACUUCAAAAUUCACACCACCUUAAAAUAUAAUAUGGUGACAUAUAUGGGCUACGUAGUUCCUAUUGACAUGACUUUAACAGUGCCCACAGACCAGAAACUAUAAAGGAGUUAGCCCAAUCUCAGUGGUAUUGGUUAUAGCACUGGAGUGGAAAUUUAAGGGGCUGUGAAAGAUGAUCUAGGGCCAGAUAAGUAGCAAAUAUUACCACUAUUAGAAUCAACUCAGGCAUUGCAUUCACAUGGGAACAAAUCCUGUGCUAUAUCUGUUAAGAUCAUUAAGUGAUCUUUGCUCUAAUGCUUAGGAGUUCUCAAGUUCUUCCUGAAACAGAGAUUAUUAUCUUAUUUCUUGAACAAUGAGCAGAUAGUUUACUGAUUAGUGUUACUACCUUGCUUGUUUUUAAAGAGGUAUUUUCCUCUAGACUUUUAUCACUAAGCAUCAGCUCCAUUUAAUCUAUAGGUAAUAACAAAGAGAGAGGGGGGGGCUGCUUGUAGCUAAAAGUGUAAUUUAAAUAGCUAUCUCCAUAAGGCAGUAAUUUUUGAACCAAUGAGAUGGAGAUCAGGAACGUUUUCCCAGCAUUACAUGGACAGUCUAGGACAUUGUGCAGCUUUAUUUAUUUUACAGCAAAAUCAAAUGGAAUUACAACAGUUAGUUAGUUUGCUUCACCCAGACUUGAAGAGCCUGCCAUGAUUAGAAACCAUCUUUUGGCAUCUGUGACUCCUUAUCCAAGUCACAUAUGUUACAAUGGAUGUUGUUGUGUUUUAGCAAAGAACUCAGGAAAUGGAGAUGUAUUGGAAGUGUGUGCCAUAAAACUCUGUUAUGUCAAUGAUGUUCUGCUGUUUUGUCUGACAUAUCAACUGCAUCAUCAAAUUUACAAAGAAUAAGAGUAAAGAAAUUUGCAAUAUUUACCAACGAUCAGGAGUUCCAUUUGCUAAGUAAAUGUCAAUGGAGAAUGGGCAUGUGGCAGCACUUUAGGCAGAGUGUAGAGGCUGCCAUGUGUACUACGACAUGCUGUGGCACCCAUCAUUCUCACUCGUGGAGAUUGUUAAUCACAUGGAGGGAAAGGAAGGCUGUGGUGGAGGUUGAAAGGGAGUAGCUGGGGGAAUUAUCUAGGCAAAAGUGGCUACAGCUAUUGCUUAGACCAGUGGAUUUCAACCAGUGUGCUGUUGGCCUGAAUAAUGGUCAAGGGUGCCGCAGGCAGCACUGGCCCUGGCCCUCUUUCCUUCCCUGCCUCCUCUGAUGCCCUCUCGUGUCUCUGCCUCCCAAAGGCUUGCGCAGUUUGUUGCAGCAGCCCCGGCGCCUGCUGCCAUCACUGCUGCCUCCCAAGGUGAGUAAGUGCUGGCCUCAUGUUCACCUUUGGCCAGUCUCUGUCGGGCUGCUAAGUCUGGGGGAAUCCUCUACCCAGGCUGCCAAGGGGCAGCAUGAGAAGGCAGCUCUCUUUGGGGUGGGGUGGACAGCUCAAAGACCAAGGGCAGCUGUGGCAGCUGCCCAGAGGACUCCCAUGGGGAGGGGAGGGGGGAGGGAACACUUCACAAGGGUGUGAGGAACUGCCAGCUCUACAGACAAGGGGUGACAUAACUGGGCUUCUGAGGCUCGAAGUUCGUUUCCUCACCAAGGAGCCACAGAAAGAAUGCAGUUGGUUAAGUUGAGCUGUGGGCUCAGAAAGGUUGGAAACAUCUGGCUUAGGCAUUUGUACAUAUGUGGCCGUAUUUUGUGGACUGGGGAGCAUGUAAGAGUGGCUUGAUUGGGAUCUGCAGACUUGCACAGGACACUGGAGGAAGGUUACCAGUUUCUGGUGGUAGCCCAGAAAUGUGCCUCCUUUUGAAAUGCACCCCCGCUCCCCAUCUGUGAAUUAUGUUGGUACAGCAGUCAGUACACACAGCUGUUUUGAUCCCAUAUGUAAGGGUAUGGCUGUGCUUAGUAAUUUGACUUCUACCCAGCUGGAACUUGAAAUGCCUUAUACUAAUUUAUUUAAAACUUGAGUUUAUAGCUCUUUCAUGUAACACAAUCAGUGUUUCUGGGGGGGUUUUUUGUAGUAGAAUAACUUUAUACUGGAAGAAAGCGAGCAUGUUGUCUAAACAGAAUGAAAAGGAUUACUGUUGUCUUGUAUUUUUUUUAAUUAGUUUGCUUUUUAUCUAGUAAGCAUUCUUUAUUUUUUUGUUCAUAUCUCAGAUGCUUCCACAGUCUGUUCUGCCGCAAACUUUUCACAUUCAAAGCAGGGGGAGGGGGUAGAGGGGAAAUUAUACAGCACAUCUUAGUAUUUGUUUAAUCUGGUUUAAUUCAAAUUUCAUAGAUGCUUUGGUUCACAGGGAAAACUGGAUCAUCACAUCACACAGAGCAGUGUAUUUAAUUCUUUCCAUUAAAUAGAACAGGAAACAACAGUAAAUGUACCAUUCAGUCAAAAGAGAGCGUCAGUGAACAGUAGCUGAAGGCUGUUUUUAAACCAUUAAAAACCACGGCUGCCCUGUACACACUUAAAUUACGUUUUGUCCACCACACAACUGGGGAUAUCAACAGCAUCUCAUAGAAAAAUGUAUCACCAUGUUUUCAAAUUGUUUACAUAUGAUUUUCUUAGAGAACUUUGUCUGCAGAGUGAGAUUCUCUUUAAACAGAAGAAGAGGGGGAACUGUUCUAGCUUCACCAAGGCAGUGAAACUGAUUCAAAAGCAAACAUACAAGGGAAAGUGGAGAGCAGGAAUUAAGGAGGCGACCACAUGGAUCUUGCAAUUCUUUAGAAGAAUGAGGUGAAAAACAGGUAGGCUUUGCUGAAGACCUUCCACUAUUUGGCACAAUGAAGAAACAGCAAAGAUCAGGCAGGGUAAAGAGGUAAGAACAGCUUUCAUGUCACCCCUACCAGCUGUCCAUAGCACAAACACACAUUUUAUCUGGACUAGAUAAAUGAGAAAAACUACUGUUCCCAGCUUUGUACUUGUGAUUGUUAAUAGAUGUGAGAUUUAUCCCAAAUAUAUCUCAUAUCAAUGCAAUGAAAAUUUAGAACAUCCAUAAUGAACAAUUACAUGAUUAGUGUGAUUGUACACAUUACUCUCAGCUUUUUGUUUGUAACUCUGUUAUUGGUAAGUUUUUUAUUGGUCUUGGUUGAAAUCAAGAUAAAGUCAAGUUCAAUGGAUGAUCCCAGCAAUGAGUAACUUACUGACCAUAACUGUGGUCACUCAAAUCUUUUGAAAAUGUUUCAUAUGUAGAAUAGUAUUCCAGCUGCAAAAAUUAUAGUAGUGUGACCAUUCAACCAUGUCUGUCUGUUUCUGCUUGGGCACUUGGCUUGGCAACCUACUUGACCUGGAAGAGUAAUUUCUAGUCUUGGACAAAUGGCUAAUUUCAGGGCUGCAUUAGACAUGCAAGGCUGUGCAUAAAAUGUACCACAUUAAAACUUCAAAAUUUAUGCUAACGAUACUUCUGGUAUAUGCUGUUGUUUAUUUUACUCAUCUGCCAUACUUAUAUCCUGGUGCACACUUUUUGUUUUCAGUGCAGAAAUUCAUUUAAAAGGACAGGUUUCAAAAGAACCUUACGUUCUUUAAGGUGCAACUCAGAUAAGAAAACCAAAAGGGUUUCAGUAGCCAAUAGGAUUGGUGCACAGUUGUCUUUGAAAAAAUGCCAUUUUUACAGGCUGUGAAUAAGAAAACGUUAUUUCUCCAAGGGCCAUUUUAUUUGUACAUAUAUCAACAUAAACACAGCUUUGCUUUAUUGGCAUCUGAAUUUUUAUGGUUGUACUUGGUUGGUUGCUUUGUUCCUUCCUUCCUUGAACUAUAGGUGAAGUUGACUGUUCUUGAACUGGAGCUCCUUUUACAAUUAUUAAAAGUGUGAGAAGUGGGUAGACUGAAGCAGGCUUAAAUUACACAGACUUAAGAAAAUGUACAUAUAUGUACAUAUAUGGAAUGGUGUAUGGAGGCAAACCCCAUGGAAUUUAAUGUUAUUCACUUCUGACCAAUCAUGAAUAGCACUGGUUGUUAGCUUUUGUGAGUAAGACGUACAUUGGUAAAUACAUAUCAUGGACAGUUGUUCUCUUUCAACCGACCCUUAUUGGUUGAGAACAGUAGAAACAAUGAUACGUUGGAGCAUGAAGUUGUUACAGCAAGUGCCACAUUUUUAACCAGUGCUUUUCUUUUAGAAAAGGAGAUACUGGUACUGCAUACCCAUGAGUACCCCCAGAAAAAAGGCUCUGCAUUGGAGCAUGAUGCAUGUGGGCAUUCCUAUUAGUAGAAUAUAUAAUAAAACUGUGGGGCAGGGUGGGGGAAAGAAGUGGUUUCCAUUAAAAAAUAUAUCAAAGAAUACUAAUCUACUUAAAUUGUAAUAAGAACACAGUCCAAGCCAAAUGGAUGUACAACAUGCAUCAGUGUUGUAUAAUAACUGACUUGGAGAAAAUAUGGGAAGUUUUUCAGCUGCAUUAGUGAAAUCUAGCUUUGUAUCACUAAUGUUAUGCAAGGCCUAUACAGGACUGGUUCUUGUAUACAAAAUAUUUUUGACCAGGGAAGGAUUUCUCACAUGCUACAUACAACUCCUUAUUUUAAAAUGACAAAUGUCAAUAACCACGGCUUCAAAAGAAGACAGGGGGCAACAGCUAGAAACAGAAAUUCUGCAUUGUGGUGGUAGGUAGCUCAACACUUCUCCACAGAGAAAGCUGGUCUCUCUGGGUAGUAGAAACACGGUGAGUGAGAUAAAAGAAGAGUAAGUGACAGAGACAGGGGGCGUGAUUAAUUCCAUCAGAUCACACACUGGUUUCAUUCAGCAGCUGUUCACUGAGGUGUAAAAGUCUGCAAUCUAUUACGACUGCAGGAAUGGCUUGGGGGAAGUAAUAUCUCCCACCCUAAUGUAUCAAUAAAUGUUUAAUCAAAGCAGACAUUUCUUUCACACCAUUUUAAAGAAAUCUUUUCUUUCUGUCUUCAAAUUGCAAUAGAUAAAACUUGAUCUUACAGAGGUAGUGGGGAGAGGGAGAAGAUUCGGACUCUUUUAACACAUCCAGUGCUGGCCUCAUAAAACAACGAAAGGCAGGAAACUCUUCUGCUAAACAAGGCUGUCAGUUCUACAAUGUAACAAAACACCCAGUCUGCUCACAGUGAAUUUUCUUCCCUAAAAUUUCAAGUGUUAUGAGAAUUGUUUUCUACACAUUCAUUACAAGGAGCUUUAUGAAGAUUGAAGCACAUGACAUGGGGGGGGAACCUUUUGUGCAUUUACGCUUAUGCCUUUCACUGUGUCUGUCCCUUUAUUGAUUUCUAACAUGUCUCAUUUUGUUUGUUGUGGAUUUAUUAAAAACAGAACUCUUAAAUGAGGGAGGAACACCUAUCUGGUGCCCUUCUAGAAUACGUACUCGUGAGUCAUUAUGAGUAGUUCAGGCCUCCUUGACAGUAGUAUUUUCUAAUUAUUACAUCCUGAACCCUAAUUUGAAAUAGAGGGGGCACAUACUUCAUAUGUGCUCAGAGAUCCUGUCUUUAACUUACAGUUUUCAAAGUGUGAUCCAAAGCUGUUGACACAGUUUCACAGCUGAGACUUCUGUGAAAUUACACUUUAGUUAUAAGGGCAUUCAGUUGUCCAUUUUCCCAAUGAUGCAGGUUGAAGACUUCUUUUUUUUUUUUGCAGUACCUUGCAGUGGAAAUUCACAUGGAACUGAAUUAUUGGAAGGGCUGAAGCAGAACCCUUCCCAGCCUGAAGGCUCAUGGUGCAGUUCAGAAACUGCAACUCUGGUCAAGUUAUUUGGAGCAUGUGCCUCCAUUUUCGUUCACACUAAAAUAGCUUGUUUCUUAACGGCUUACUACAUUUAAAGCCUAAAAUGUUUUCGUCUGGGUUAUUGAAAGGUCUGUCAUUUCUAGAAUGCUUCUGAUUCCCCUUAGAGGUCAGCCACUAAGAUCUUGCUUCAUGACCCUCCUAUGUCUAGAGAACAUUUGGUAGAUAAGUCAAUCCACGUACGUCGGACUCAGUUUGAACUGCUGGUUUUGGCCAUUAGAGCUUUUCAUAGUUCAGGGCCAGGGGAUAUGAAGGACAGCUUGCCUUCAUGCAUAUCCACCCAGCAGGCACAGCCCAAGAAAUUUGGCUGCUUGUGGUGAAGGAGAAUAGGACACCUCCUCCCUAUCCCAUGUUAAAAAGCCAGCCGGACUGGGAGUUGAAUUUCACUUCAACACUGGCAAGAGGGCAGCAUCUUCCAUCCUACCUGCAGCAGACUAGUUUAGGGCACCCAGGACAUGCCAUAUGAUAUAUACAGCCAUGUCCUACAACAGAGGGGACUGUCCAGGGAGCUCAGAAGGAACUACCAGGUAGGCUAUUGCUCCUGAUCCCGUUACAUCUGCCACCUGAGGCAUUCACCUUACUCUGCCUAAUGGUAGGGCCAGCCUGAAUAUUAAGGUAUGUAGCAGAGAAAUCCCAGGGUUCUCUUGCUAUCUGAUGGGAGGGUGGGUUUCCUCAGUGCUGGCACCCUUAAUUUGGAAUGCUUCUUCCAAAGAUGUUUGCCUGACGCCUGCGCAGAUGCCAUUUUGGUGAAGGUAUUUUUUCAUUUCCACAGAC